AUGGACUGCGAGUCGCCGCCGACGCACGUGCAGAGGAACUCCGCCGCAGGCAGAGAGCGCAACAGUGACACGCAAGCAGACUGCUCCCGCGAGGACAGUGACACGCAAGCAGACUGCUCCCGCGAGGACAGUGACACGCAAGCAGACUGCUCCCACGAGGACAGUGACACGCAAGCAGACUGCUCCCGCGAGGACAGUGAAAUACAAGCAGACUGCUCCCGCGAGGACAGUGACACGCAAGCAGACUGCUCCCGCGAGUACAGUGACACGCAAGGAGACUGCUCCCACGAGGACAGUGACACGCAAGCAGACUGCUCCCGCGAGGACAGUGACACGCAAGCAGACUGCUCCCACGAGGACAGUGACACGCAAGCAGACUGCUCCCGCGAGGACAGUGACACGCAAGCAGACUGCUCCCGCGAGGACAGUGACACGCAAGCAGACUGCUCCCACGAGGACAGUGACACGCAAGCAGACUGCUCCCGCGAGGACAGUGAAAUACAAGCAGACUGCUCCCGCGAGGACAGUGACACGCAAGCAGACUGCUCCCGCGAGUACAGUGACACGCAAGGAGACUGCUCCCACGAGGACAGUGACACGCAAGCAGACUGCUCCCGCGAGGACAGUGACACGCAAGCAGACUGCUCCCGCGAGGACAGUGACACCCAAGCAGACUGCUCCCGCGAGGACAGUGACACGCAAGCAGACUGCUCCCACGAGGACAGUGACACGCAAGCAGACUGCUCCCGCGAGGACAGUGACACCCAAGCAGACUGCUCCCGCGAGGACAGUGACACGCAAGCAGACUGCUCCCACGAGGACAGUGACACGCAAGCAGACUGCUCCCGCGAGGACAGUGAAAUACAAGCAGACUGCUCCCGCGAGGACAGUGACACGCAAGCAGACUGCUCCCGCGAGUACAGUGACACGCAAGGAGACUGCUCCCACGAGGACAGUGACACGCAAGCAGACUGCUCCCGCGAGGACAGUCUCCUCUACGUCAGCAGCCAGCUCGCUUCUGACGAACACCGCUGCUCCGUCACUUAUGUAAACCGCUGUUUUGCUAAAGUAAGCGCCGUAGUCCGCAAUGGAGUACAGGGAACUCUGCCCGCUUAA